CGAUCAUGUGAGUGUCCAUUUUUUUGUGGCUUUUGACACUUGCUGACAGACAGUGGUCGAUAAAAUAAUAUUAAUUGUUCGUAAUUUUUUUAAAUAAACGAGCAAAAUGGCUUGCAAAAUCUGUGGUCCAAAGCUUUCCCUGUGUGGGCUCGUUUUGAGUGUAUGGGGUAUCAUACAAUUGACCUUGAUGGGCGUUUUCUACUUUAAUGGAGCUGUAGCUCUUUUAGAAGACUUGCCACUUGGAGAAAAUCAUCACAGCAUUGAAGAUUUCGUAGCUGAAGUACAGACUGGAUACUCUCAGAAUGCAUACAACUGCUGGAUUGCUGCUCUGCUCUAUGUGAUCACGCUUGUAGUCUCUGGACAUCAGUUCUGGAUGAACAAUCGUUCCUCAGUUAGCAUGUAAACAUACAAAGUACUUUAUAAGUACACUUCUGUUUAUAGCUCCAUUCCAUUUUAUUUGAGUAGAAAAAUAAAAUACCCAAUUAAAUUACUCUGAUUCUAUCGAUUGUAUAAAAUACUUAAAAGAUUAGUUUUAAGACUUAUUCUAUGUGAAGCUUAUUAAUUUUUAGGUGUAUUAUUUUUCUAAACAAAUAUAUCUCUAAUAUAGGUCUUGUUUCAAAAAAUAUUUAUUUCGGUACCAUAUUGGACUGAGCAAUUUAUGAAUUCUUACCAUCAAAAUCUAAUAUUGAAUUUAGAACGUUUAUCAUCUAGAAUAUUAGUACUAUAAUUGAAUAAAAAGUAAUUUACACAUAAAACUUUGUCAAGUAAAUUAAUAUGGCAAUCCAUGCUGAUCAUUUAUUUUAUACUGUUUAAUUUAUUUCCUCUAUAGAGUUUACUCUUGUUGUGAAAAUACUAUAUAAAUAAUUUGGCAAGUAAAAAGUCCCACAUCCUGUGAAAGUAUUAUGUUGAUAAAUCGCUAUAAAUUGUACAUAAAAUAACUGUAAUUAUUGUAGGUACAUUGUAAAAUGGUUCUAUAGUUUUUCUUGAAUUAAAUAUUAAUGUUA